ACAUUGCGAUCGCGUGUUGUACUUUAUUGUUUUGAUUAUUUUUUGUUUUCUUAAUUUCAAGUAAAUAAUCUUAGUUGCAAAUUAAAAAGCAAACAUAAUUUUGCAUGAUUCUGUCACUGUUAAUGCAGUAAGUGUUUGCACUGCUCUGCUCGGUUCGUCAGUUCGACGACGACGACGGCGAGACAAAAAGUGUUCAUAGAGUUGCGAUCUGUUACUUUUUGGACUUCCCCGUGAGUCGACAAACAGCAGGCGAACAAAUGAGUGCAACACUGGACAACAUACAAAUUGAGGAUUUACUCUAUGUGGAGUAUGAUCUCAACUUUGCACAAAAGGUAUCACUGUCGUUUCUGCUCUUUGGCGAUCAACACUCGCAUGCAACAUAUAUAUUGCAAAAACUGUUGGCCUUGGUGCGUUCUCCAGCUGCGGAUCAGCGUAAUAGCGACAUAUUGCGACUGUACGCGCAGUCAAAUCCCGCCGGAUGGCGUUGCCAUCUUGUCGAGGCACUGUGCAUCAUAAACGCUCGUCAAGUGUUGCGUAAACUGGGCUUCGAUUGGGAGCAGCUGCGCUUGCAGUACUUGCCACAAAUACUGGAGAUCUCACUGCACAUACAUCCGCUGUUAAAAGCUCUCUAUUUUAUCUGCGAACAGCUGACAAUUGCGCAGAGCGGACGCCUUGUGCUCGAUAUCAAUGAAAAGUUGUCCGCGAUUAAUCGAAGUCAAGGCGACGAACCGUUGCGUUUCUAUGAUUUCGCAUAUUUGGAGAUAUUCCUGUUGGACUGGCUGACGCGACGUCAUUUGCGACUGGGCGACAUUCAGACAAUUGGCAGCGAUGUUCAAUUGUUGAUCGAUUACUUCAAGUUCAAUGAUCUUCAUUCACUUGCCACGCUUCUUAUUCAAACCUAUAAUACGAAUGCAAAAGCUCCUGUUAAUAAAGUUAAAUGUGAAUCGGAUGCGCAAGAAGUGGCAACGCUGCCACCACAACCAACAACAACAACAACGAAAGUUGAAGCUGCUACUUCCAGUCCAAAUCUCCAGUUAGUGAGCAACAACAGCAAUGGAGUUUAUUCACAACAACAACAACAGCAAUUACAACAACAAUUGCGCGCAGGUGCAUUACAGGUGCAACGUGAUAAUGCCGGCAUUUUGUUAAUUAUCAAUCAACACAGCUUUCAUCAAGAUGUUAGCGAUGAUCUUCGUCCACUGUUGCCUGAUGUUAAGCUGUGGAGACGCGAGGGCACCGAUGUGGACAAGGAGCGACUGAGCGAAGUCUUCUCGGCACUUGGCUACAGAGUGGAAGCCCACAACAAUGUCGACCAUCUGGCAAUGCUGGAACUCAUUCGAACCGCUUGUUCCCGAUCAAUGCUGAGGGAUUCGCUGAUUGUGUGCAUAUUAUCGCACGGAUUUGAGGGAGCUGUCUACGGCUGUGACAGCAUUCCCGUGAGGAUCGAUGACAUCAAGAAUGUGCUCUGUGCGGAUGAGAACCUGUACGACAAGCCCAAGUUCCUAAUCAUCCAGGCGUGCCAGCAGAACGGCAAGAACUGUCAAACGCGUAAUGUGAAUGCAACGACAAGGUCACCGAGUCAGCAUGCCAACAUGGUUGUAGCCAUGUCCACAGUUCCAGGAUUUGUGGCACUGCGUCACAGCGUCAACGGCAGUUGGUUCAUUCAAACACUCUGCGAUGCGGUUGAACAACAUGCAGCCAGCGAACACGUGCUGGACAUUUUUACUAGAACCAUUGGGGAAGUGAGUCAGAAACGGGGCGACAAAAAUCAGGAAAUGCUGCCAAGUGUGACCAGCACACUGCAGCAGAAAGUCUACUUGCCAGCCAUUUAAUCAGCGGCAAUUUAUCACUUCAAGUCAUCUUUAAUUCAAAAUUAGUCAUCAUAGGCACUUUGUAAUUGUUUUUAUGAUUUCUGUCUAUGGGCAUUUGCAUAUAUUGUUAAAUGAGGUUUAAAACA